ACAUUGAUGUAUCGAUACUACAUCGAUGUGUCUUCCAGAUCUAAUUCCUAGUACUUUGAUUAAAAUUUACGUUUUAUUAUUGUUUGUCCAUAUUGUUGAAGUUGUUUUAAAUUACGGAAGUAUUUUUAGGCAUCCGCUUUAGAUAGGUUUACAAAUUAAACUUUCCAGCGUUGGACAUUAAAAAUUGUUUCAUUAAUUUUAUAACCUUCGGUUAAAAGAUACAAUUUAAUGGCUAGUUUAAAUAACAGAGCCGAUGGCAAUAGCAAAUUGUGCUGCUACGCCCAUCCCGACGCAUCUCUAAUUGAAGACUAUCGGGCUGGAGACAUGAUAUGCUCGGAAUGCGGACUUGUCGUUGGCGACCGUGUAAUUGAUGUAGGAUCAGAGUGGCGAACCUUUAGCAACGAAAAAAGUGGAGUUGAUCCGAGUCGUGUUGGCGGGGCAGAAAAUCCAUUACUUGGUGGGAGUGACUUGUCUACAAUAAUUGGGCCUGGCACAGGAUCUGCAUCAUAUGAUGCGUUUGGUGCCCCAAAAUAUCAAAAUAGGCGCACAAUGAGUAGUUCAGAUAGAUCGCUGAUAUCAGCAUUUAAAGAAAUAUCUACUAUGGCAGAUCGCAUAAAUCUCCCGAAAACUAUUGUGGAUCGUGCAAAUAAUCUUUUCAAACAGGUACAUGAUGGCAAAAAUCUUAAAGGCCGAUCGAAUGAUGCUAAGGCAUCAGCGUGUUUGUAUAUUGCUUGCCGCCAGGAAGGUGUACCGCGUACUUUUAAAGAAAUUUGUGCAGUAAGCAAAAUAAGCAAGAAAGAAAUUGGACGCUGCUUUAAGUUGACUCUAAAAGCUCUUGAAACAAGUGUAGAUCUAAUUACCACAGCAGAUUUUAUGUCUAGAUUUUGCGCGAAUCUCGACCUUCCAAAUAUGGUACAACGGGCCGCAACGUAUAUAGCAAAAAAAGCUGUCGAAAUGGACAUUGUUCCAGGAAGAUCACCAAUUUCAGUGGCAGCCGCUGCUAUUUAUAUGGCUUCACAGGCCUCUGAACAUAAACGCAGUCAAAAAGAAAUCGGAGAUAUUGCUGGUGUGGCCGAUGUAACCAUCAGGCAGUCUUAUAAAUUGAUGUAUCCUCAUGCAAUAAAGUUAUUCCCGGAUGAUUUCAAAUUCACUACUCCUAUUGAUCAGCUACCACAGAUGUAGAUAUCAUAUUGACCUUUCAUAAUUUAACAUUAUUAUCUCAGUAAAAUGGAGUAAAUAUAAACGUUUGAAAAAUAUAAA